AUGGUCGGCCAGAAUAAUCUGAAGAGUCGGAUCUUGGAUAUUCCUUGUAAAGUAUGUGGUGAUCGCAGUUCGGGUAAACAUUAUGGAGUUUAUGCAUGUGAUGGGUGCUCAGGAUUCUUCAAGAGAAGCAUUCGGAGGAACAGGACUUACGUGUGCAAAUCCGGCAAUCAGGGUGGGUGUCCAGUGGACAAAACACAUAGAAAUCAAUGUCGAGCAUGUCGUCUCAAGAAGUGUUUGGAAGUCAACAUGAAUAAAGAUGCUGUUCAACAUGAAAGAGGACCAAGAACAUCCACCAUAAGAAAGCAAGUGGCUCUGUAUUUCAGAGGACAUAAGGAUGUCAAUGGAUCUACUCCUCACUUUCCAUCAGCAGCUUUGCCAACACCUACCUUUUUCACUACUGUUAGUCAACUGGAGCCUCAUAAUCUAGAGUUAGCGGCUGUAUCAAGCACCCCUGAGAGACAGACCUUAAUUGGACUAGCUCAGCCAACCCCAAAGUAUCCUCACGAAGUGAAUGGAGCUCCCCUGUACCUCUAUGAAGUGGCCACAGAAUCAGUAUGUGAAUCUGCAGCACGGCUUCUUUUUAUGAGUAUUAAAUGGGCAAAGAGUGUGCCCGCUUUUUCCACUUUGUCUUUACAAGAUCAGCUGAUGCUCCUGGAAGAUGCGUGGAGAGAGCUAUUUGUUCUGGGAAUAGCACAAUGGGCCAUCCCGGUUGAUGCUAGCACGCUACUGGCUGUAUCUGGAAUGAACAACGAUAACACAGAUUCACAGAAGUUGAGUAAAAUCAUAGCUGAAAUUCAGGCGUUGCAGGAAGUGGUGGCGAGAUUUCGACAGCUUCGACUAGACGCGACAGAGUUUGCCUGCCUCAAAUGCAUUGUCACUUUUAAGGCUGUACCUACACAUGGCGGCUCUGAACUGAGAAGUUUCAGGAAUGCAGCAGCCAUUGCAGCCUUGCAAGAUGAAGCUCAACUCACUCUCAACAGUUACAUACAUAGCAGAUACCCUACACAGCCUUGCCGGUUUGGGAAACUUCUACUGCUCCUACCAGCUUUACGGUCUAUAGGCCCAUCUACGAUAGAAGAAGUUUUUUUCAAGAAAACUAUUGGCAAUGUGCCAAUCACGCGACUUCUUUCAGAUAUGUAUAAAUCCAGUGAUAUCUAA